UGUCAUAAUUGUGUUAUAAUUUACAGUUGACGAGCUCAAAGAGAUCACCAACGAUAAGUUCUACAAGUUUGUCAAAGAGAUCCAGAAGCUCCUCACAUACACCAACGCUAUACCGUUCAGGACACGAGCAACCAGAUACUACUGCUUCUACUGUUCCACCGACGGACCAUUCUUCGAAGACCCUGACGAGCUCCGCAGUCACACAACCACCGAGCACGACAAGGAGAGAAUAACCAACAUAGAACUGUACAUGAAACCGCAGUGGAUGAAUGAGAUCAUAAAGUUUGACAUCACAGACUUACACUGCACCGAAUGUUUGUUGAUGUUACCGGAUUGGAACAACAUGUUUGUGCAUUUUGCUGAAACGCAUGACAUUGGAUUCGACGAGGCAUACACCAGGGUGAUACCGUACUCUCUGACUAUGGAUCUGCAAUGUGUUCUGUGUCACAAUAACUUUGCAAACUACGGUCUCCUCGAUGCCCACAUGAAUUUGCAUUACAGCAACCACAUCUGCUUCAAGUGUGGUGACACGUUUCUAUCGGUCCCACGUUUCGAGAAACAUUUGAUGGUUCAUCAAACCGGUAUCUUCAAGUGUCCGAAGUGUGAUAAAGUGUUCGCUUUGAAGAAAUACAUGACGAAGCAUUUCACUUUGGUGCAUAAACAGAAGACGGCAAAGUGUGUGUAUUGUAAGAUGAAUGUCGAAGGACCGAUGCAUUUGCAUGUUAGUGAGAAACAUAGUGAAAAAGUGAAACAGUUUACGUGUGAAGUGUGCGGUAAAGUGUUCACUUGGAAACCGUUCUUCUUAGCGCAUAUGCGGAGGAGGCACAAAGGUAUAAAGAAGUUUAAAUGUGAGUAUUGCCCCAAAAUGUUUUUAAUGCCGUACGAGUUGAAGACUCAUCUCAUAACUCACACUCGUGCUAGACUGUUUGAGUGCGGAGAGUGCAAAGCGACGUUCAACAACAUUACUGCUAUGAAAAAACAUAUAUCUGUUCAUAAACAUCCGUAAACUAAGUGGGUUAUUUGUUUUAUAUACAUAAAAUGUUUUCCUGUUAUAUGUAUAAAUGUUGACCCAAUGUUAUGUCAUCUACAUUAAAGCAUUGCUAGUUAUUACCUUGGUAUAGAUUAGCAGUGAUCUUUGACUUUGUAAAGGUUAGCAAUGAUCUUUAACUUUAUAAGGAUCAUAAUGAUCUUUGCAUUUGUAUUAUAUAUUUAAAUAAAAUGAACAUACAUCUUAAGUUUACAUUGUUAUAGAUUUUUUCGUUUUGGUCACAGAAUAGAGAAUGAUACAGAAUGAGUAUUUAAAAGCCGCGUGGGGAGCCCGGUGAAAUCACAAAAAACGAACGUCCCGUGUCUUUGACAUCCACAUAAACAAACUUUUCAUAAUUUAUAUUUAAAAAUUAAUUAAUAUUAUACUGACUUGAGAAUGAAUUCGUUUUUGAAAUUGUGUAUUUGGAACGGUACCCGGUACCCGACGGACACCGUCGUGUUCCAUACGCUCUAUCUGCCUAUUGUUCUUUAAUCUGUGAUUUUAAAGUAUUAUAUCCUACAUACAUAAUUACAACACUGCCAUCUGAUAAGCAAUGUCAGAACCAAUGUAUCAAGUGAAGUGGUCGAUCACUGCAGCUCCAGAGCUUGCGAUACAAGAAAAAAACUGAGGCUGAAGCUGGAAUUCGAUUUUAGUUUCAGUCUCAGUUAAAAACUGGUUUGCAUAAGAAGACUCAGACUUACACAGCGAGCGAUGGAACGAACUAUGUUAGGAGUAUCUCUGCGUGAUCGGAUCAGAAAUGAGGAGAUCCGCAGAAGAACUAAAGUCACCGACAUAGCUCAACGAGUCGCGAAGCUGAAGUGGCAAUGGGCGGGGCACAUAGUUCGAAGAGCCGAUGGACGUUGGGGUCCCAAAGUGCUGGAAUGGCGACCCCGCACUAGUAAGCCCAGUGGUGGUCGACCCCCCCACCAGGUGGACUGGUCGCAGGGAUUCGCUGGAGGCAGGUGGCUCAGUAUCGUGAUGUUCAGAAGUCCAAAAGGCCUAUGUCCUGCAGUGGACGUCCAUCGGCUGAUAUGAUGAUGACUAGUUUAUUCAUCAAACCUGGGACCAGGAAUGUGUAAAAAAUAGUUAAAUUAUUAUUUAUAUUAUUAUUUUCUUAUAAAGUGGGAUGCGAUAUUUACGACGUCUCCGAAAUAAGGUGGGGGUAGGUCAUAAAAAGAUCAAAACGUGUAAGGCGACUAUGGGAGGGUGGAAGGCGCGCUAUCUAUAGGUCGCUGGUUCAUAUCCGGCUCGAAGGACCAUAUAUUGGGGUCAGCUUGUGUCUUCGGGUGAGAGCGACCUAAAGGAGAUCUGACCGUGGUACUCAGACCAA